AUCAGGUAGCUCAACAUGAAUUUUAACAGUCAAGAUAAUUUCGAAAGUGAACAGAACAAUAUUUUUCCAUCUGAGAGCUGGCUACAGGAUUCUGAGUUUCUCCUGCAGUGUGCUGUGCUACUCACUACCUUUUCUUAACAGAGGCCAUGAAGCCACGUUCCUUUCUUCACGUUAGGUGCUAAUGAAGUUACUUGCUUCAUCAGAGGAAAUGCAGAUCCAUGAAAUUACAUUUUGUGCAAGUUGUCGUUAACUCUGUUGGCAAUGUCUAUGAUUUUAUCUGCCUCUGUGGUCCGUGUAAGGGAUGGACUCCCACUGUCUGCAUCUACUGAUUAUGACCAGAGCACGGGAAUGCAAGAAUGUAGAAAAUAUUUUAAAAUGCUGUCAAAGAAACUUUCUCAGCUUCCUGAUAGGUGUACUCUGAAAACUGGGCAGUAUAAUAUAAACUUUAUAAGUUCUCUGGGAGUAAGCUAUAUGAUGUUGUGUACUGAAAAUUACCCCAGUGUUCUGGCUUUCUGCUUCCUGGAUGAGCUUCAGAAAGAGUUCAUCACUACCUACAAUAUGAUGAAGACAAAUACUGCUGUCAGACCGUACUGUUUUAUAGAGUUUGAUAAUUUCAUUCAGAGGACCAAACAGAGAUAUAACAACACACGCUCUUUGUCAACAAAGAUGAAUCUUGCAGACAUGCAGACAGAGAUCAAACUGAGACCACCUUAUCAGAUUUCCGUGUCAGAACUUGGUUCAGCUAAUGGGCUCGCACACUUAUCUGUGACGGAGUAUAAGGGUACUGGUAAGAUAUCUGCAGCUCCUCAUCAGCGUCUGGAGCCUGUGACUCUGCCAGGGAUUGUCUCAUUUGUACUCAGUCUGUUGUGUGGGGCGUUGAAUUUAAUUCGUGGCUUUCACGCCAUAGAAAGUCUUCUCCAGAAUGAAGGUGAAGAUUUCAGCUAUGUUAUUGCGUUUUUUCUUGGAACAGCAGCCUGUUUGUACCAGUGUUAUCUGUUUGUGUACUACACGGGCUGGAGGAAUGCCAAGUCCUUCCUGACUUUUGGGUUAAUUUGUCUGUGUAACAUGUAUCUGUAUGAACUGCGCAACCUGUGGCAGCUCUUCUUUCAUGUGACUGUGGGAGCAUUUUCUACCUUACAAAUUAGACUGCGACACCCACAGGGAAAAUCCCCUGACUACAAUGUCUGAUAAGGCCUGGGACAUUUAGAGGCAGUCUUGUUCCAACAGUUAUUUACUCUCAGGAAUGUAAAGCUGUUCUCCAAAAGAAGCAGCUGUCUGGGUGGGGCUCUUUGUUUUGGUCUCUUUUUUUAAUUAAAUAAAGCAAUGUAAGAUGC